AAUUGCAUUGAAUGCUUAUGCAUUUGUUUUGUUGUUAGCUAGAAUUUAAUUGGGUAUGCUGAAAUUUAAUUGUUUGGGUGGGUUUAUGAGUGAGAUAAAUAGCGGAUUCAUAGGGGUUGAGUACUUGAGUUUGAAUGUGGUUAACUGGUUAUGCUAUACAUUGUUAAUUAGCUAUUUUUGCUGCGAAAUUCUCGAUUUACUUUUUUGGGAUGUUUAAUUUGGUGGAAAUUAUUUUUCCGUAUUAAAAGGGAAUUAAAGCAGAAAACUUGGAUGGAAAAGAGUUUUUUUUUUUAAAUUUUUUUUUUAUUAUUGCUUUGCAAAUAUUUGCCUUCAAAAUUUAGAAGGAAAUCAAUUUUUGUCCGCUCAACCAUCUCCAACAAUUGGAUUUCCCUGAGUUUUCCGUCAAACCAAACAAAAGAAAAUCAAUUGCCAUUCGUGUUUUCCUUUGAAAUUGUUAUCCAGACCAUAAAAAAUGUUUUCCAAUAAAUCAAUCACCGCCGUAGUUUAAUUCAGGAAAAUGUUGAUUAUUUUUGGAUUUGUGGUGAAGUUCUGGUGUAGUGGCUUGGUGCAUUGUUAAGCUAAGACUUUAGACUGGUGUAGGUUUUUAGGUUAUAUUUGAUGUACAUUUUCUAUUUUUUUUGUCACUUUCAUGUUUUGUUCAAUUCAUUUUUGAGAUGAGACUAGCCAUUGGAGUGUUGAAUCUGCUCACUGCAUUGGAGAUGAGAGUAGGAAGGUGUGAUUAGAAUUUUGAACAAUGGGUUUGAGUUGGGUGUGUUAGAAGCAUUUGGGUUUACUUUGAGCGUACUCGUGAGUUCCUAUUUCACCUAAAAUUUUCAAAUUGCUUCCAAACCUGAAGAUAUUGUGGGGUAAAUAUUCAAGGGAUUGAAGUGGGUAAUGUUUCAAUCUAAUUGAUUUUUUUUUGGCUGUGAGAAAUUGGAGAGGAGAGAUGUAAAUUAGAAGAGGAAAAGGUGACUGAUGGGAUGAUCUUCGUCUUUUCACGUUUAAAGAAGUCAAAGUAAAAGUUGGUAUUGAUAAAAUGUAUGUAGUUCUAAAAUCUAAACUUUUAAUAAGGCUUCCAUUUGUUUAAUACUUUUAUAAUAAUGAUUUAUAUUUGCUCAGUUCAAACUUGGUUCAUCAACUCCAUAAAUGAAGAGUAAAAUGCCUUAUUAGGAAAAUUUGUUAUUUGUUAAACAUAAACCUAAAUAUUGACCUCUUGCUCAAAAUAAAUCAACUAUUGAUUAGCUCAAAACAAACACAACUAUUAUAUGUAUCUUCUCAAAAUAAGCUUAUUGGUCUUUUUAGGGUUUAUUUUGUGAAGAUAAUAUAAUAGUUGUUUAUUUUUAGAAGAUACAUCUAAUAGUUGGGUAUAUUUUGAGUUAAUCUAUAGCCGAGUUUAUUUUAAGCAAAUGGGUAAUAGUAGGUUUUUUUCUUUUACAAUAUUUUCUUUAAAAUAAUCUAGUGAAGUGCAAUAUUGACAAACACAAAGUAGCAAAAGGCAUCAAAUUUUGUUUAAAACAUUUUUCAAACAAAAUGUCAUUUUUUUCCUUCCAAUGAGAAGGAAAUUUUGAAUUGUCUUGAUGAUGCUUCCCUCCAAAAUGGCUUUACUCUUGAGUUAUUAACUAUUAUAUGCUGCUAUGGUGUUCUUUUAGUAUAUAGUUUUUGUUGCUACUGUUGUUGGAUUAAUGUAUUUUUUUUGAAUGUAUAAUGUGAAUCUGUGACGACUCUUUAUAUUCGCGGUGUUGUGAGUGGUGAGAACAUUGACUUCAGCAGUGGACAGUGCUUAGGAAUAUUUAAAAGGAAGAAAAAGCUGGAGAAGCGUAUGCUCCAAAUGAACAACCUGUCAAGUCAUCAAAGGAAAAAAUGUCUAAAGCUGAAAGGCGUGCCCUUCAGGAAUCCCAAAGGGCUGCUAAGGCUGCUGCAAAAGCUGGAGCUGGGGUGUCGGGGAGUUCCAAGCAAGCUAAAGCUGCAAAGGCUUCUGUGCAGAAUAAAGAUAAUGCUUCUGUUGCAGCAUCUGAAAAGAAAGGUGGUGAUCGUCAGUCAGAGAAGGAGAGGAAAAAGGAUGUCCCGCAUCCUCGAAUGCAGUUUGAUGAUGAGACACGAGUGGAGAAAGCAAAAAAGCGCGCUGUUGUAAACAAGAAAGAAGUGAGAAACAGAGUUGAACUCUUUAGGCAUCUUCCUCAAUAUGAACAUGGAACACUGCUACCUGAUCUAGAGUCCAAGUUUUUCCAAUUAGAGCCAAUGCAUCCAGCUGUUUACAAGGUUGGACUCCGAUAUAUAACUGGAGACAUUUCAGGUGGCAAUGCCCGCUGCAUUGCGAUGCUUCAAGCAUUUCAGGAGGCUAUUAAAGACUAUUCGACACCGCCAGAAAAGGCUAUGAUUAGAGACCUUACUGCAAGAAUUGGUAGUUAUGUUUCGUUUCUGAUUGAAUGCAGGCCUCUUUCAGUGAGUAUGGGUAAUGCUAUUAGAUUCUUGAAGAAUCGAAUUGCCAAGUUGCCUUUGAGUAUGUCUGAGUCUGAAGCAAAGACUUCUCUGCAAUCUGAUAUUGAUUAUUUUAUUAAUGAGAAAAUACUGAUUGCUGACAAAGCCAUAGUCAAACAUGCUGUUACCAAAAUCAGGGAUGGGGAUGUCCUCCUCACUUAUGGGUCAUCAUCGGCUGUGGAAUUGAUAUUUCUACAUGCACAUGAGAUGGGAAAACGAUUCCGCGUAGUCAUAGUUGACUCACGUCCAAAGCUUGAGGGCCAACUUUUGCUUCGCAGAUUGGUAGCCAGGGGUCUGAAGUGCUCAUACACUCAUAUAAAUGCUGUAUCAUAUAUUAUGCAUGAAGUCUCUCGAGUUUUCUUGGGGGCUGCUGCAAUUUUGUCAAAUGGAACAGUUUACUCUAGGGUUGGGACUGCUUGUGUAGCUAUGGUGGCUCAUACCUUCCAUGUCCCGGUGUUGGUUUGCUGUGAAGCGUAUAAAUUUCAUGAAAGGGUUCAACUUGAUUCUAUAUGUUUUAAUGAACUCGGCGACUCCGAUGCAAUUUUAAAGGUUCCUGGUAGAAGAGAAAUCAAUUACUUGGAUGGUAGCGAGAAUUUGCAACUUUUAAAUCUGAUGUACGACACAACUCCUUCGGAUUAUAUUUCUAUGAUUGUAACAGACUAUGGCAUGAUUCCACCAACAAGUGUGCCAGUGAUUGUGCGGGAAUAUCGUAGGGAACAUUUGUGGAGCUAGACUUGAUAACAGAUAAUACCGCAACACAAUUUUGUACAACACAGUGGAAAUCGUGUUGCAGAACGAAAGAAACAUGGCGAUAAAGCCCGAGUCACUAUUAUCAUCACACCAUGGUCUUAAAUUGUUUGAAUAAUGUUUGCUUGUGUCCAAUUUUCCCUGUGUUUUGCUUUUUAUUUGUUUUGGGGUUUUAUUCUGACUCUGUGAAGAGUGCGAAUCCUCGCCUCUCCGGGCAGUUAUAUUGAUAUGCAUUUGUAGCCCAUGUUUGUAGUGAAUGCAAUUUUUCCCCUCCCCAUUUUUGCGUGGUUCGAAAUGUACUUUCCGGAGUUGUAAGAAUCUUAACGAUUUUACAGUAAUCUAUAUAUCAUCAUUUUGUUCGGUUUUCGACUUUCUACA